CAACAACAACAUGGAGUAACGGUACCAUCAAAAUGACUCACUAACCCGCUCAGUCACAGGUUUGAUGCUGGCCGUGGCACGAACGCUCGCCAAGUGUCUGGAUGUACAGUGGGAGGAGAGACGCGAGGGAAAAAAACGGGGGGAGGACAGAAAGAGAGACAAGCAGCAGACAGGAAGGGAGAACACACAGACGCGUUACUGUGAAUUAUUUUUUUGAAAUCAAGGAAGACAAAAGUCGUUGCUCCUCUUAUUCCCGAACGGAUCGCGUUGACUGGGAGCCGUCCACAUGUGUACCCCGUGCUGUGUCUCGCAGCUGGCCUGCUGCUGUGGAUCAGCGGCCUGCUCAUGCUGCUGUAACUGCUGCCCGAAGAUUAAGCAAUCCACGGGAACCAGAAUAAUGUACGCUGUGUACUUCCUGUUGGUCACAUUUAUCUGUGGAGUUAUGAUGUACCCCACUGUGGAGGAGGAGAUGAGGAAAAAUAUCCCGUUCUUCAGCGAGCUGUGUGUGAAGAUGAAAGCCGGGGAGAACUGCAGCACUCUUGUUGGGUUCUCAGCUGUCUACAAGAUGUGCUUUGGAAUGGCUUGCUUCUUCCUUUUUUUCUGUAUCCUAACUUUUGGGGUCAGAAGCAGCACAGGCUGGAGAGCAACCAUUCAUAACGGAUUUUGGUUGUUGAAGUUUGCUUUGUUGGUGGGUUGCUGCACCGGCGCGUUCUUCCUGCCAGAUGAGGACAACUUUUUGACAGUGUGGCGAUAUAUCGGUGCUGGAGGUGGAUUUAUUUUCCUUUUUAUCCAGCUCAUGAUGUUAGUGAAGUUCGCUCACAGGUGGAACACAAAUUGGAGUUCAGGCGUUGAGUACAAUCGUCUUUGGUACGCGGCGCUGGCGCUUGUGACUCUGGUUCUCUUCACCAUUGCUGUGGGCGCAAUGGUCUUCAUGGGGAUUUACUACACUCACCCGGAGGCCUGUAUUUAUAACAAGGUCUUCCUCGGAAUCAACGGCAGCCUCUGUCUUUUUGUGUCCCUGCUGGCCAUCUCUCCCUUCAUACAGAAAUUGCAGCCCAAGUCCGGCCUGCUUCAACCAGGGGUCAUCAGCGUGUACGUCAUGUACCUCACCUUCUCAGCUUUCUCCAGCAAACCCAAAGAAGUGGUGCAAGUUGACGGUAUGAACACAACCGUGUGCGUGUUCCCCUUCAAAACUGGGUCAGAGAGUGACAAGCAGAUCGUCACUGUUGUGGGAGCCAUCUUCCUGCUUGGCUGCAUCACCUACUCUUGUCUGAACUCCACUACCAGGAGAAGCUCUGCUUUCCUCCAAGUGUAUCGGAACUGCGAGCCAGAGGCUGAGAGAGCUCGCUGCUUCUUCUGCUGUGGAGAUGACACAGAGGACUACGAUGAGGAGAAAAGUGGUCCAGGUCAGGAUGUGAUCUACGAUGAGAGGGAGAAAACCAUUUACAACUACUCCUACUUCCACUUUGUCUUCUUCCUGGGCUCUCUUUAUGUCAUGAUGGCCGUCACCAACUGGUUUCACUACGAUGGUCAUAGGAUCGAGAAGCUGUUGGAUGGGAGCUGGUCAGUCUUCUGGCUCAAAAUGGUCUCCUGUUGGGUCUGCCUCUUCCUGUAUUUGAUGACUCUAAUUGCUCCUCUGAUGUGCCCAAAGCAUUUUGAAGCCUAAAUCACCGCUCAAACGUGACGUGAUCUGAUCUGUAGGAUGUUGCCGAGCUCAGCUCUCUUGCUGGGUCAAGGGACCAAUCCUCAGCUUUCACUAUGGAGGAUUAUCUGUUGCCUUUUUUUUUAAAGAAUAAAAAAAAACAUGUUUGUGUCUUUGUUUUACAAUGUUGAGCUGUUACUACCUUUGUGGUCAAUUUUGUAGUCUUUUACUAUAACUGACUGUGGGUUUAUAUGACAAAUGUAAUUGGUUGCUUUAGAAAAACUUUCAAUCUAAGUAGAUUCCCUAAAGAUGUCACACUGGAAAAUGAAUUCAUUUUCUGUCCAUUUUUUGCUUUCAAGCUCUGUCAGAUAUUCAGUUCUGUGAAAUCGUGGUAGCAAAGUUUUAGGGCGAAUUUAUUUCUUGAAAAAAAGAAGUUAUUUAUUGAAGUUUACGAGAUAAAAGUACAUUGAUUUGGCCCUAACUAUUGAUUUCUCAGGCUCACAUUGAAGCUGUAAAUGUUUGUGCUUUAUUCUAUUGUUCCUUUGGUAGAAUGUUUCUAUGCAACAGAUCAAACUCUUCUCCAUCUGGGACACUUGGUGUCGUUACAGUUUCAUAGACAAACAUUUUUGUUCCUUUUGAGCUAAAAAAAAAACAUAUAAUUUAUACAUUUCUAGUCAUCAUUGUGCAGGGAAACUCUUUCAUUUAGCCUGCUUUAUGUGGGAAAUAUAUUGUCACUUCUCUUAAAGGAGCUGCAGUGUUGAGCAUUUGCCAAAGGUUGACAAUUCUCAUUACUUUGGUCUGUUACAUUUAAAAAACGACUGUAUGUACAUGCACAUGUAUAUACAGUUGUUUUCUGUUCUGGGAUAAAGGCUUUGGAACUUUUUUUUUUUUUUUACAUGCGUCUGCAAGUCAUGGAUAAGAUAACGUAGCAAGACUUUAUAAUCAAGCUAUUCAACACUGGAUGUUGAGUUUAACAGCUAACACCAUGCAAUCUGUGUGUGAGUGUUGUAUAGAAAUGUGGUAUUUUGCAAAAAGCAGGUCAAAUUUGUUUCAGUCUUUACGAGUUUUUGUACUUUUUUCCUAAUUUUUAUGCUUAAAAAUAACUUUAUAUGUACAUUAUGGCUACCGUGCAGCAAUCUGUGGACUUUGUCAUUAGAAUUUUUGCAUGGCAUAGCUCCAAUGUAUUAUUUGGCGUUUUUGGAAAGCAUCCUGCAUUUUAGUUGUAUUAAAAAGCCGUAGAUAUGUGGUGCUUAAAGUUAUGAUGCUACAGAAAAAUGAAGGGAAAUGUGGGGGGAUUGCAGAAAGCUAGAAAUGACACACAAAAACAUGAUUUAAUUUUAUUUAAAAAAUAAAAAUAAAAAAAACAUUGUCAUUUGUUUCAUGUUUUUCUCUUCCUUUCAAUAAAGAAUAUGUGGAAUGCCAA